GGACGCCCCGAGCCCGGGGAGCGGGGAGCAGCCGCCCGGAGCGCGGCCGGGAUGAGAAGGUGACACCGCCGGGGGGCGCCACUCGCUUUGUGCGCGAAGAUGCUCGCCUACUGCGUGCAGGAUGCCACGGUGGUGGACGUGGAGAAGCGCAGAAACCCCUCCAAACACUACGUAUACAUCAUCAACGUGACCUGGUCCGACUCCACAUCCCAGACCAUCUACAGGAGGUACAGCAAGUUCUUUGACCUGCAGAUGCAGCUUCUGGAUAAGUUUCCCAUCGAAGGCGGCCAGAAGGACCCAAAGCAGAGGAUCAUCCCCUUCCUCCCAGGGAAGAUCCUGUUCCGGAGAAGCCACAUCCGGGACGUUGCCGUGAAGAGGCUGAGGCCCAUCGACGAGUACUGCCGGGCACUGGUCCGGCUGCCGCCUCACAUUUCCCAGUGCGAUGAAGUCUUUCGGUUUUUUGAGGCCCGGCCAGAGGACGUCAACCCCCCGAAAGAGGACUAUGGCAGCUCCAGGAGGAAAUCAGUGUGGCUGUCCAGCUGGGCGGAAUCUCCCAAGAAGGACCUCACAGGUGCCGACGCCAACGCCGAGCCCAUGAUCCUGGAGCAGUACGUGGUGGUGUCCAACUACAGGAAGCAGGAGAACUCGGAGCUGAGCCUCCAGGCCGGGGAGGUGGUGGAGGUCAUCGAGAAGAACGAGAGCGGCUGGUGGUUCGUGAGCACCUCUGAGGAGCAGGGCUGGGUCCCCGCCACGUACCUGGAGGCCCAGAAUGGCACAAGGGACGACUCAGACAUCGACUCGUCCAAGACGGGGGAAGUGUCCAAGAGACGCAAAGCCCAUCUGCGGCGCCUGGAUCGCCGAUGGACCCUGGGCGGGAUGGUCAACAGGCAGCACAGCCGAGAAGAGAAGUAUGUCGCCGUGCAGCCGUACACCAGCCAGAGCAAGGACGAGAUCGGCUUUGAGAAGGGGGUCACAGUGGAGGUGAUCCGGAAGAACCUGGAGGGCUGGUGGUACAUCAGAUACCUGGGCCGAGAGGGCUGGGCGCCCGCCUCCUACCUGAAGAAGGCCAAGGACGAGCUGCCGGCCCGGAAGAAGAACCUGGCGGGCCCCGUGGAGAUCAUCGGGAACAUCAUGGAGAUCAGCAACCUGCUCAACAAGAAGGCGUCGGGGGACAAGGAGGCCGGGCCGGGCGACGGCGAGGGCCCCGAGGCGCCCCUCACCAAGAAGGAGAUCAGCCUGCCCAUCCUCUGCACCGCCUCCAACGGCAGCGCCCUGGGCGGGCCCGACAGGACCCCCGCCAAGCUGGGCCACGGCUCCCCGGCGGUGGCCCGGAUCGCGCCGCAGAGGGCCCAGAUCAGCUCCCCCAACCUCAGGACUCGGCCUCCUCCACGCAGAGAGUCCAGCCUGGGCUUCCAGCUCCCCAAGCCGCCGGAGCCCCCGUCCGUGGAGGUAGAGUACUACACCAUCGCCGAGUUCCAGUCCUGCAUCUCCGACGGCAUCAGCUUCCGGGGCGGACAGAAGGCCGAGGUCAUCGACAAGAACUCGGGCGGCUGGUGGUACGUGCAGAUCGGCGAGAAGGAAGGCUGGGCCCCCGCAUCCUACAUCGACAAGCGCAAGAAACCCAACCUGGGCCGGCGCACCAGCACCCUGACCCGGCCCAAGGUGCCCCCGCCCGCGCCCCCCACCAAGCCCAAGGAGGCCGAGGAGAGCCAGCAGGACUCGCCGCCCAAGGUCAGGUACGAGGAGCCCGAGUACGACAUCCCUGCCCUGGGCUGCGACUCGGAGCCCGAGCAGAGCGAGGAGGCGGCCGAGGACGACGGCCCCGGGGACAAGCCGCCCGGCCCAGCCCGCCGGCCCUCGCCCGCCCCCUCUCUGCAGCGCGCCCACUUCAAGGUGGGCGGCUCGGCGGAGGACGUGGCCCCCGAGGAGGAGACCAUCUACGAGAACGAGGGCUUCCGGCCCCCCGCCGAGGACCCUCUGUCUGCCCGGCGCUCCUCACGCGACAGCAGCUCCCCAGGGGGCUCCCCGCUCUCCCUCACCAGGAAGGACUCCCCCAAGUCGGGCUCCCCCAAAUCGGCCUCGCUCCUGAAGCUCAAGGCGGAGAAGAAUGCCCAGGGCGGGCUGGGGCAGAGCCAGCCCCCGGCCUUCUCCUCCUCCAUCACCAUCAACACCAGCGGCUCCUCCUCGUCCUCCUCCUCCUCCUCCUCCUCGUCCUCCUCCUCCUCCCUGUCCAAGAACGGCAGCGAGCUGAAGCCCCGCUCUGCCUCGGACGCGGGCAUCCGCGGCACCCCCAAGGUCGGGGCCAGGAAGGACGCCGAGCCGAAGGCCGCGCCGACCUCCAGCGCCCGGGCCAAGCCGUCGGUCCGGCCCAAGCCCUUCCUGAACCGGGCUGAGUCGCAGAGUCCGGAGAAGAUGGACAUCAGCACUUUACGGCGCCAGCUGCGGCCCACGGGCCAGCUGCGGGGCGCGCUCAAGAGCUCCAGGAGCGAGGACUCAGGGCUACCCCCGGCCACGGCCUCGGAGGGGCCCGGCGAAGGGUCCCGGAGGGGCUCGGCAGACCCCCUCCCCAUCCCCGCCACCCCGGCCCCGAGCCCCGCCAAGAAGGGGCAGGAGGGCCAGGCCUACACCACGUGCAGCGCCUACCAGAAGGUGCAGGACUCGGAGAUCAGCUUCCCCGCGGGCGUGGAGGUGCAGGUGCUGGAGAAGCUGGAGAGCGGCUGGUGGUACGUGCGCUGCGGGGAGCUGGAGGGCUGGGCCCCCUCCCACUACCUGGUGCUGGAGGAGGCGGAGCCCGCCGAGCCGGGUGGGCGAGAGCCCGACGCGGGGGCGGGCAGGAGCAGGCAGCCCGAGGGCAAGUCGGACAGCCUGGAGAAGAUCGAGAAGCGGGUGCAGGCGCUGAACACGGUCAACCAGAGCAAGCGGGCCACCCCGCCCAUCCCCUCCAAGCCCCCGGGGGGCUUCAGCAAGACCCCAGGCGGCGGUGGCGGUGGCAGCGGCGCGGUCAAGAUGAGGAACGGCGUGCGCCAGGUGGCCGUCAGGCCCCAGUCCGUGUUUGUGUCCCCGCCCCCCAAGGACAGCAACCUCUCGUGCACCCUGCGGCGGAACGAGUCGCUCACGGCCACCGACGCGCUCCGGGGCGUGCGGCGGAACUCGUCCUUCAGCGCCGCGCGCUCGGCGGCCGCCGCCGGAGAGGCCCCGGCCCCGCGCGCCGCCAGCCCCGCGCCCGACGCGCCGCUGCUGCCCGCGCAGCGCAACGGCAUCCCCGUGUCCCCCGUGCGGCCCAAGCCCAUCGAGAAGUCCCAGUUCAUCCACAACAACCUCAAGGACGUGUACGUGUCCAUCGCCGACUACGAGGGCGACGACGAGACGGCCGGCUUCCAGGAGGGCGUGUCCAUGGAGGUCCUGGAACGCAACCCCAACGGCUGGUGGUACUGCCAGAUCCUGGACGGGGCGAAGCCCUUCAAAGGCUGGGUGCCCUCCAACUACCUGGAGAAAAAGAACUGACCCCGGGCCGAGGGGGCUCCCAGCCUCUCCCCGCGUGCGCGCGGUGAGAUGCAGACACGAGGGGAUGCCAGCAAGGGAGAGGUGGGGGGAGGGGGGACAGCUGGGGGCACCCGUCGUCGGCCAGGGCCUCCCCCCCCCCCCCCCCGGCCUGGGCACCCCAAGCCGUGCACCAGCACUGACAGAUUUGCCGGGGACACCCCCACCCCCUCAGCCCCCAAUUGUCCAAUUGUGCCUUGGCUGCGGAGCUGGGACAGAUGCAGCCCCGGGGCCUGGCAUGUUUUGCCCCUGCUGGCAUCUUGCCGCUGGUACCCCCCUCAUCUGUGUUUGUGAAUUGUGUGGGCUCACGGGAACAGCCCCGGGGCAGGUAGAUGAGCAUGCACCGUGGGCCGGGGGCUCCGGCCACUGUCAUUGUCCCCGGGUGUCAGCCAGGACACCUCUCCUGGCCGUCACUGCCUCUUGCCCGGAAGAGCACCCCCAGGUUUCCAGAGAGGGGGGACCGCAGUCGUUUCUUGAGUCUUCAGGCUUGCUUGGGAUUGUGAGGGGGUGGGAAGCAGUUCCGUAGCAUGGUGUGGGAGAGGUUUAUUGAUUUGGGGCUUCUCUGCGGAGCCUCCAGGGGGGUUGGGUUUGGUGGGAUUUUUUGGUUGUUUUUUUUGUUUUGUUAUUUUGGUCUUAUUUUAAGAGUUGUUUUGGGGGCUGAGGGCGGUCAGCCUUGCGGGAUGGGGUGGACCAUGGCUAGAGCGUUCCUGUCCCCACCCCGGGCGUUGUGGGGGGGGGACGGUUGGUUCAGUUUUGUCUCACAUCCUUCCCCUCCACCAGCCCGUGAGGUUUCAUUUGGUUUCCGCUGGGUGGACAGUACCCGAGCAUCAGCGACGCUCUUCGGAGGGAGGGGCGGGGGCUGAGGAAGCCCCAUCCCCUGCUCUCUGGGUGGGGGUGCAGAGCCCUCCCCAGGAGGGAGGGAGCCCCGAUCUGCACACAGGCUCCUGCGUGCCGCGUUGGCAGGCAUGGAGAAGCAGCCGUGACACACCCCCCCCCAACCCCAUCCUCCGUCCUGGACUGAGGGGCCCCUCCCCGGUCCCCUGGGGCCGGGCUGGUGUGGAUCCCACCGGCCGCCCUCCCUUCCCCCUUCCCCCGAGCCAACCGACGAUGCCACGGGGCCCCAAGAACUCGGGGGCUCCCCAGGCCCCGGAGCUGAGCUGGUUUUCUUCCGAGGGGCAGUGCCCCCUGUGAAGAGAAGCGAGACAAUAAAGUCCCUGCCGCCUUUGGGUUGCGUCUCUCUGUCGUUGCUGUUUCCGGGGGACCCGCAGAAGUCGCAGGCGCCUCCCUGGGGACUCGCCUUCGUGGAAGUGGAUUUCCACUCGUGCCUUUGAUCUCCCAGCCCUCAUGGCGGCUGCCGGAACGUGGACUCCAGGGUUGGGGCUUUCCACGCGAGGGGCAAAGGCCCACCCCAGCCCUGCACCCCUCCCCUCCCCCCCAGGAGCGCAUCGAGCCCAAGACCACCCGGGAACCAAGGUGUUGGUGCCUCGGGCCCCACACCAGACCCCGGGUCCCCUCCGCUUCCCCAGCACCAAGGCCUGGCAGGUAGCGAACAGCUCGUGUUCUUUGGGAAGGGAAAUGGUUAUUUCGUUUCCUUUUGUUUGUGAGUUUGUUUAAAAAUUGAAAUUAGUUAUUUUCUUCUGCUGGACAGUAUUAAAUAGAGCAGGGUGUUGAGUUAAUCUGCUAGAUGGCAGUACUAAUGGUAGUGGUCUAGUGUCUUCAUAUUAAUAUUAUUUGGACUUGUUUGAACAAUAAUGAUAAAGAAGUGGUUCAUUAUUUUUAAAUUAAUGCACUUUAAUACAGUUUCGAGUGGCAAGAACCCCAGAGAGAGCAAAGUGCAUUCCUUAAAGAUGCAGUAUAUACUUUUCUCAUGUUUAAACAGCACAUAUUUAUUGAAAAAAAAAGUAAUUUAUGAUUAUUUAAAAUAAAAUUUAAAAGUAGAAUGACCGUCGGGUGCAAGACCCUCCCACGUAGCUAUCUUUCAGGGGGAGGCCCCGGCCUCAUUCCUCCCGUCUGCACUGAGCCAGUUGAGAGAGUCAGCCGAGCCGGGAGGGGGGGGAGCGGGAGGGGUUGCAGACCUCGGCCAAACCCAGAGCAUCUCAGUCGGACUGGACCCCAGUGCUCACAGAGCCCACCUCAGCCACCUGCCCCCGGGGCCUUCCACGUGCUCCCAGGGCAGUUUGUCCCAGUCCCCCAACAAAGCAUCCCCCACACUCGUUACUACACGUGACCUUGAAGGUCGUCCCAUCCCAUCCCCCCCCCCAUAGAUCACUUGCCUGGAACCAUGGGGCAGAGUGCCCGCAGACUCGGUGCCUGCACUCCCUCUCACGCCCCUUCCCCUCCCUGCCCCAAUCCUAGUGGCCCCACAUUUGCUCAUCAUGUUUACAUUGUGACAUCCAGCCCCCAGGAUGGCUGGGAGUUGCUCAAACGUCCAGGAACCUGGGGGAUGACGCCCCCUGGUGGCUGCAUGCAGAUCCCGCAGUGAACAGGAAUCACCGCCCCCCCCCCCCCCCCCACCGCACCCCACCAUGGUCACAUCAGCCCCUAACUCACAGCAGAAACCCUGUAAACCCAAAGAGAAGAGAAAUACUUGAAGCAAGAAGGGUGCAUGCCAGUCCCUCUCCCAGACGUGGCCAGGGGCCCUCUCCCUCCCUGCUGAGCUGCUUCGAGGGGCUGGAGGGGACAGCUGGUAGCAGGUGGACGGGGGAUGGGCCCGCGGCUCUGACCCAUCUGGAGGAAAAGCAGAUCGGACUCAAAAAAGAACACAGGACUCUCGGCCGUGUCCACACCUAGAUUCCCAUUGGUUGUGAUUGAAAAUGUGAACUGACAUUGUAUUGCUGUAUACUGCAACUUUAAUCGUAAAUGAGCCCUUCUGAGGUCAUUAUUGAGGCUUAUAUAAUGCCCGAAGAUGCAUCGCGUGGUGCUUUUUCUGUUGGUUUAAACUUGCUUCUUUUAUUAUAAGGGGAAAAGAAAUGUCUUCAUCUCUCCUGUAUAACUGCAGGCGUGGCUGGGCGCCCCCUCAGUGCCGUUUCUAGAGGCCGGAGGGCUCCGUCCUGCCAGCAUCCCCCACCUCCUCCUCGUCCCCCCUCCAUCCCCCAGCCUGGCCCCAGAAGCUUCUUUCUUCCUCCUCUUGACGAAGGCAUUAUAUAGAAUUGUUUUAAUCACUUGCAGAUGUUAGCGCAGCGUAUUUUACUGGCAUCUAUACCCGUGGCUUUCCUCAGCAAGGCAUGUUACUACUUUUAUCAUCUAAAGGAGAAAAGACAAGGGGAUUUGGUCGAGCGUUAUGUUCAUAUUACUAGUGCUUACAGAGUAGGAGUUAGGACUAUUUAAAUUUAGACCUUGGUUUGGUAGGUUUAUUUUGUUUUUAAGGAGGAGGGGGAGUCACCCCUCCUUUUUCCUGUUUUUGUAUUUAACUAAUAUAUUCUCUAAGAUUACUCCUCGCUUCUCCUACUCCCUUCAAAUACUUUGCAUUCUCAAUGGAAAAAAAAUGAAAACAAUCUUGAGAGACAGGAAAAGUGCAAUAUUACCCAGAAAGAUGCCAGGGCUCGUUGGCACCACAGCUUGAGACCCAGGUCUCGGUGGGGUAAUGGGGAGGUAAUGGGGAUCAGUAGGUAAUGGGGAGACGGGGUUUCGGGCUGGUGCGGGCUGGGAAGAGGCCCAUCUUCUUUGUCCACCUUCUCUCUUCCCUGGCAGGACGGGCUGGGGGGCCACCGGAGCACAGCCUCUCCUCCUGGAGGGUGUCGCCCAGCCAGGAGAAACCGGUGUGCGGGGAGGUGCUGGGACACGGCCCCUGGGGCAGAGCAAGAACACGUGCCCCGUCCUUGCUCCCGCUGCCUGCCCACACGCACCCCCACAAGGGCCCCCCCCCCCCGCCCCCAGCAGCCCUCUCUGGCCGGUCUCCUGAGUUUAGAGCCUCCUGUGGAUGUCCGAGACUGACACCGUCUAACCUCAGCUCCGCUUGUGGGCAGGACCCCUAGAACGAACCAGACCCUUCCUUCCGGGGACGCGGGUACCCUGGACUCUACCUACUUGGGUCCAUGAGACCUGGUGCCAGGCCCCGGCCACCCAUUCAUCUCAGUGCCCUGCCUCUGCUCUGCACCCCUGCUCCCUGGCAGGGGGGUGGUUUCCAAGAAGCAUUUCUCCGGGCACACACCUUCCCCCUGCAGGUAGCAUCCAGCCUCCCCCGACUCCGGCGGGCAGAGAGCAGGGUGGGGCGGCGAGUGUCAGUGGUGGCGGGGCCCUCGGAGCCCUGCCCUGCCCACCCCAGCGCUGUACCAGCUGUGCCCAGCCACCGUGCCAACCGUGUGGCUGCUCUGAGCAGUGAGUGUGCCCAUGCGCGGGCAUCCCCGCGGGGGUUGUGCACGUGGGUGAAGGGAGGAGCGGGCCCGAGGGAGCGAACGGGCCCCCUGAGGAGUUUGCCUCCAAACGCUCCGUCUUCCGGAAUCUCCCAGCAGACCUCUUGGGAAAGGACAUCCGCUUUCCUGAAGAAUGAAGAGUCCCUGUCUGUCUUGGAGGGCCGGGUGUUGUCAAGCAAGUGCGUGUGGGUUGCGUGCGUGCGUGCACGUGUCGGUCGUCUCUCACUUGAACGCCAUGACAAGGAUCAGAGGGGGAAAGCCUUGGGCAGCGGGCUCCAUCCAGGACGCCCGUGGCAGUGGACAGGCCACUCGGGGUUCCGUUUUGGUAGCAUGUGUUUCCCACACACCCAGAAUUCAGGCUGGAGAGUGCAAUGUGUCUUUUAUAUAUAUAUAAUUAUUGUUAUUAUUAUUAUUAUUUUAUUGAGUAUUUCAUUGGAAAUUUCACACUGGCAUUAAUAGAACUAGCAGAAGCAACCCAGGCCAUCGACCCAGGCUCCAAAAUGAAUAUGUGAGGAAAAAGAUGCCCUCUGGAGGGGCGAGGGGGGCCCCGAGAGUGAGCUCAGCGGGACCCACUGCCCCCCACCCCUGAGCUCAGCGCCCCAGAGCGGGACCCAUUCUUCCACUCCUGGGGUCUGACUGCAACCCCCAGUGAGGCUUCAUGAGAAUCCAUGCAGGGUCCCCUCUGGCGCUCUGAGCUUCUUCCCUAGAUCGAGACCCCCGUUCGGGCUGCCGCAUGUCUCUGGGGUCCACAGGCUCUCCCAUCGGAGUUAGUGACCUCGAGGAGCCCCACUGAAGGCCGCGUCUCUCCACUGCCCCGUCCUGGGCACCAGGCCUAAGUCGGCACGCGUGUGCUUAGGGACUGGAGGGGGCUGGGGGGAGCUCUACCUCCCAGGGCCUGGAGCUGAGCCUGUAGGAGUUACGUGGGACAGCCCCUUCCCCGGUUCUUUUCACUCUUGAGUUUGCACUUGUCCUUGACAAUCAACACCUUCUCCCGUGGCAGUCUUUGAUCUCAGUGGCCUUAGUGGAAAUGGGUCCUGCCAAAGGCCCUGCCUUGUCCCACUUUCAUCCUGGCUAAUGUGCUGGCCUGUAGGAGGUGAGAGGGAGAGACAGGGAGACAGAGAGAGACAGAGAGAAGAGGAAGGGAGGGAGAGAGGGGGAGGGAAGAAGAGAGAGAGAGAGAAAGAGAGAGAGAGAGAGAGAGAGAGAGGUUUCAAAUUGUUUUAAAGCAAAGGUUGCGCAUGUUGUCGGGGGGGAGAGGGAUGUCGGGAAGAGGCGUGUGUGCGUGUCUGUGCUGACCGGGGCUUGCUGUCCCUUCUGGGGACAGUGGCCCACCAGAAGAGGGUGUCUUCUAGGCAGAAAGGGAGAGAGAGAGAGACAGCUGAGCGAGGGCUUGAAGUCUGAAGUUUGUCUUUAUUGGAAAGGAGGGAGAAGUCAUUUGUUUCGGGAGAGAGAGCAGGGAGGAAGGGAUCCAGGGAGGUAGCGCCUCUGGCCUGCGUCCGGAGCAGGCGGGGGAGCCCCAGGAUUGGGCCAUAGGGGAAACAGGCCGGAGCUUUUUUGUGGGGGCCACAGCUGGGUCCCCAGCAGGUACUGGUCACUGACGUCAUGGACCCGGGAAGUCACCAGCAUUGAGUCUGGGGACCUGCCUCUCAGACAUUCCGUGCAUCCUCCAGGUUCCCAGCUGUUUUUGCCCGCUCGCCUUUGUCCAAUCCAGAGUUCGCCUCGCAAAUUGCUCGAAUCACGUAAAGCCCAGUUCAGUGGGCUUUCACCAGUUUUAAUCAGUUAAAGUGACUGGAACAGGUCAUGUAGGCCGAGCCCCGAAACCUCAGAAAAAGGACGGGGGCCCACCGCACGCCUGAGAGGACACUGGUGUUGGUGCAUUCGUAGACACGGGCCGGUCUCGAUGUCAUGGGACCCACCUGGCUGGUGUGAAAGGGAAGGUGGGUGCCUUGCAUAUACUCCUUCACCCCAGGACCCAGGCGUGCUGCCCUGACAUUCCUUCCGAGGGAAGAGGGAUGCCCGGAGCCCCCAUGCUUUAAUCUGCCAUUUACAGGCUUACGGGGGGUGUGGGACCAGGUUCCAGUGAGGCUGGGAACAGGGGUGUAGAUCGUCAGUUGGGAAGGGAGAUGGGGGGGCAGUCCUCUGAGAACUCACGGUGCCCACUCAACGCUUCCCAACUCCAGUGGGUCUUUGAGGUCAAACCCCACUCCCGUUCCCCCCAACAGGGAAAGUAACAAAAAAGAUCUUGAAUUCACUGUCAAUUUGAGUGCUAAAUAAUGUCCCAGGGCAGUGCUGGUGCUAAAUGAUUUCCAUGUUUUGGAUAAUUUUUAGUUUUUUUUUUUUUUCAAAUUGUUCUCAUCACCAAAAUGCAGCAUCCUUGGGAAGGGUCCCCACGCCUUGGCCACUCUCCAGGGGUCCUUUAUCCCUUCCACAGGAUAUGGGUCUGCAGAAAAAAAAAAACUCUAUCUUGGCAUGCUUCUAGACUGUAAAAUUUGGGUUUGUUUCGUUUUGUAUUUUGUUUACGUUUACAUGCAUCUUGUAUUUCCCUGAGAACUAAAUAAAGUUUUCGGCCUUUUUAA